AUGCAGAGCCACCCGCCGUCCAACCUGCUCCAGCCUAGCCGGCCGACGACUGCGACUCAGUCGAGCGACACCGCCGCGUUCGGUUCGCCAGGCUAUGCCGCCGGCCAUCCCUCGUCGACCGGUCCUCCUCCUCCCUCGACCUCGCCCCGAGCGGCCUUUCGCCCGUUCGUCUCGGUUCUGCCGACCUUCAGCAAGUUUGCGCCGCUGCGAGGGACGGUCCGGAUCCGCGUCCAGAGCGCCACCUUCUACACGCACCGCGAGGUGCUCGCCCUCGCCUCGCCCUUCUUCGAGGGCGUCCUGAGCGGCGGCUGGCGCGAGACCGAGCCCGUCGCGUCGAGGCGGCAGCAGACGAGCAGCACAACGCCCGUUGCCGCGUCGACGAAGCGCGACAGCUUUGCCGCGCCGGCGAGCACCGACCGCGACGACUCGGCGGAGCCGCUGCCGUUCCCCGACGACGGCGCCGACGAUUCGCGCACGCCCGUCCUCGACCUACCCGAAUACCCGCUCGCGGCGUCGACAGCGUCGCUCCUCGGCGCGCCCGCCGCGUCCGUCACCAUCUCGCUCGCGGCGUCGAGCGUCGUCGAGGACACGGAGGACGAGGACGACGGCGAGGACUGGCUCGAGUGCCGCCUACGGCUCGUCGAGGAGACGGCGUCGAGCUUCCAGGACCUGUUGUGCCACAUCUACCCGCGACUCGAGUGCGCCAUCGACUGGACCAACGUCGAGGACCUGAGCCGCAUGGCGCUCAAGUUCGACAUCCCGAGCCUGAUGAACGCCUGUCUCGCGUUUCUUCUCCCCUCGGCCGCUGGUCGGCCCGUCCUGUGCAUGAAGAUCGCCGAGGAGAACGGCAUCCCCGAGCUGUACAAGGAGGCGUCCCGCUACGUCAUCGACGCGUACAACAGCAUCGGCGAGGACCUGGCCACCCUGUCGCCGACGACGCUCCUCCGGCUCGAGCGACGGCGGUCCAACUUUCUCGAGCGCCUCCUCAAGCUCGGCCAGGUGUCGAUCUUGCGCGACUACAGCUGUCACUCGCACUGCGACGAGCCGUAUCGCUGCGCGAGGCUCGUCGACGAGAAGUGGCGGUCGGCCUUCUCGGCAGCUUUCCGCUUCGGCACCCCUCAGCCGUCCAUCAUCUACCGCAGCCUGCGCUCGCUUGAGCCGUCCCUCUCCUCGCCGGCGCUCCACCUUCCUUUCACGACCUGCCAGAACUAUGCUCGCCUCUGGGUGGCCGAUCUCUUCGACCGCAUGUUCAGCCUCGGCAUCACGCCCGCCCGCAACUGGACCUCGCUCACGCUCAACCACCUCCCGAACGCCGGGUCGGCGGCCCUUUCGCCGUCGGCGAGCGGCGGCGGCGGCGGGUGGACGCGCGCCGUCGGCGAGGGCACGAGCAGCCAGAGGAACUCGGCCAAGUACUUCCUGUUCGUCGAGAUGCGCGACGAGGCGCCGGGCGUCGGCGCGAGCGGCGGAGCAGGGAGGAGAGAGCGGGUCGGGUCGGUCUAG